AUGGCCCUUCAAUAUCUUUCAUCCUAUUCCUCACUCUCCCAACUCAUCACCAUUCUUUGCUUCUAUAUCAUUCUUCAUUUCCCUUUUUAUUCAUCGUCGUCAUCAGUUCAUAUCUCCUCUACAUCUACUUCUACUCCUCCCACUUCUCCUUUGAUUAUUGAGCAAGGAAAAGAAGCACUCACUCUUGUAACAUGGAAAUCCAACCUUCAUACUCAAUCACAAUCUUUCCUUUCUUCUUGGUCUGGAGCUUCCCCAUGCAAUCAUUGGCUUGGAGUUACUUGCCACAAGUCAGGAAGUGUCUCCAGUUUAAACCUUCAUAGUUGUGGUCUAAGUGGUACGCUCCACAAUCUCGAUUUCUUUUCACUCCCUAAUCUUCUGACUCUUAAUCUUUCUAACAACUCCUUCUAUGGAACCAUUCCCACCCACAUUGGUAAUAUUUCCAAAUUGAUCACCAUCCUUGAUUUGGGUUUGAAUAACUUCAAUGGUCCAAUCCCUCAUUCAAUAGGAAACUUGAGGAAUUUAACCACUUUGUACCUUUAUGAGAAUGAGCUUUCUGGUUCGAUCCCUCAAGAAAUUGGAUUGUUGAGAUCUCUUAAUGAACUUGACUUGUCUGAUAACAAGAUCACUGGUCCAAUCCCUCAUUCCAUAGGAAACUUGAGGAAUUUAACCACUUUGCACCUUUUUCAAAAUGAGCUUUCUAGUUCGAUUCCUCAAGAAAUUGGAUUGUUGAGAUCUCUUAAUGAUCUUUCUUUGUCAAUUAACAAUCUCAGUGGUCCCAUCCCGCCUUCCAUAGGAAACUUGAGGAAUUUAACCACUUUGUACCUUUAUGAGAAUGAGCUUUCUGGUUCGAUCCCUCAAGAAAUUGGAUUGUUGAGAUCUCUUAAUGAACUUGACUUGUCUGAUAACAAGAUCACUGGUCCAAUCCCUCAUUCCAUAGGAAACUUGAGGAAUUUAACCACUUUGCACCUUUUUCAAAAUGAGCUUUCUAGUUCGAUUCCUCAAGAAAUUGGAUUGUUGAGAUCUCUUAAUGAUCUUUCUUUGUCAAUUAACAAUCUCAGUGGUCCCAUCCCGCCUUCCAUAGGAAACUUGAGGAAUUUAACCACUUUGUACCUUUAUGAGAAUGAGCUUUCUGGUUCGAUCCCUCAAGAAAUUGGAUUGUUGAGAUCUCUUAAUGAACUUGACUUGUCUGAUAACAAGAUCACUGGUCCAAUCCCUCAUUCCAUAGGAAACUUGAGGAAUUUAACCACUUUGCACCUUUUUCAAAAUGAGCUUUCUAUUAACAAUCUCAGUGGUCCCAUCCCGCCUUCCAUAGGAAACUUGAGGAAUUUAACCAAGUUAUAUCUUUCUGAUAACAAAAUCAAUGGCUCAAUUCCUCCCGAAAUGAGACACCUUACACAUUUGAGAUCUUUAGAGUUAUUUGAGAAUAAUUUGACUGGCCAACUACCGCAUGAGAUAUGUGUCGGUGGAGUACUUGAAAGUUUUACAGUUGAAGGAAACCAUCUUACUGGAUCUAUCCCAAGGAGCUUGAGAAAUUGCACUAGCUUGUUAAGAGUUAGGCUAGAAAGAAACCAACUCGCAGGAAAUAUAACAGAAGAUUUCGGUAUGUACCCGUAUUUAAUUUAUAUUGAUCUGAGCUACAACAACUUGUAUGGUGAGCUUUCACAUAAAUGGGGGCAGUGCAAUAGCCUGACAAGCUUGAAAAUCUCCAAUAACAAUAUUUCUGGUAUGAUACCACAUCAACUUGGGGAGGCAACCAAACUAGAACAACUUGAUCUCUCUUCAAAUCGUCUUGUUGGGGAGAUACCAAAAGAAUUGGGUAUGUUGAAGUCAUUGUUCAAUUUGAUGAUAGACAACAACAAACUUUCAGGCAACAUUCCUUUGGAAUUAGGAAAUUUGUCCAAUCUCGCACUUCUUAACUUGGCAUCAAACCAUUUAAGUGGCCCAAUUCCCCAACAAGUCCAAAACUUUCGGAAAUUGUUGUCCUUGAAUUUGAGCAAUAAUAAGUUUGGGGAGAGCAUUCCCGCUGAGAUUGGGAAUGUGAUCACUCUUGAGAGUCUUGACCUUUGCCAAAAUAUGCUGACAGGAGAGAUACCACAACAACUCGGAGAAUUACAAAGCUUGGAAACAUUGAAUGUCUCCCAUAACAACCUCUCGGGUACCAUCCCACCCACUUUUGAUGAUUUGCAAGGCUUGACAUCCAUAGAUAUAUCCUAUAAUCAGUUGGAAGGUCCGCUACCCAACCUCAAAGCCUUUCGAGAUGCUCCAUUUGAGGCAUUAAGCAAUAACAAAGGUUUGUGCGGUAACAUCACUGGUCUCGAGGCAUGCAACACCGAUAGAAAGAAGGGGAACAAAUUUUUUAUUUUGAUUACACUCCUUAUUUUGAGCAUUCUAUUGCUUUCAUUUAUUUCUUAUGGAAUUUAUUUUCUUCAUCGAAGGGUAAGGAGUAGAAAAAUUAAUUCUAGAGAAGUAGCAACUCAUCGAGAUUUAUUUGCAAUUUGGGGCCAUGAUGGGAAAAUGUUAUAUGAACACAUCAUUGAAGGGACUGAAGAUUUCAACUCAAAAAAUUGUAUUGGCACUGGAGGAUAUGGAACUGUUUACAAGGCCGAGUUGCCUACAGGUCAAGUUGUUGCUGUGAAAAAACUUCACUCAACACAAGAUGGAGAUAUGGCUGAUCUGAAAGCUUUCCAAAGUGAGAUUCACGCUUUAACAGGCAUACGACAUCGCAACAUUGUCAAGCUUUAUGGCUUUUGUUCAUGUUUACAAAACUCAUUUUUGGUUUAUGAGUUCAUGGAAAAGGGAAGUUUGAGAAACAUUCUAAGCAACAAGGACGAAGCAAUAGAGUUUGAUUGGGUUUUGAGGCUAAAUGUUGUCAAAGGCAUGGCUGAAGCUUUAUCUUAUAUGCACCAUGAUUGCUCCCCUCCUUUAAUUCACCGAGACAUAUCAAGCAACAAUGUUCUGUUAGAUUCAGAAUAUGUAGCUCAUAUAUCCGACUUCGGCACAGCUCGACUUCUGAAGUCAGACUCAUCUAAUUGGACUUCAUUUGCAGGAACUUUUGGUUAUAUUGCUCCAGAACUUGCUUAUGGCUCAAAGGUGGACAAUAAAACAGAUGUUUAUAGCUUUGGAGUGGUAACAUUGGAAGCAAUUUUUGGAAAGCAUCCCGGGGAACUCAUCUCAUCGCUCUUUUCAUCAGCAUCCUCGUCAUCCUCAUCACCUUCAACUGUUUAUCAUUUACUGUUGAGUGAAGAGAUAGACCAACGUCUCUCACCUCCUAUGAAUCAAGUGGCUGAGGAAGUAGUGGUUGCAGUGAAGUUAGCACUUGCAUGCUUGCUUGCUAAUCCCCAAUCUCGACCAACCAUGCGACAAGUUUGUCAAGCACUCUCAACACGGUGGCCGCCAUUGUCAAAACCAUUCUCCAUGAUUACUUUGGGCGAACUGCUUGGUCAUGGAGGUGAAACUACUUGAG